GUCCUCGUCCCCGGACCACCCUUUUGAGAACAGUUGACCUAAGGUAACCACAGGACUCCUGGCCCAGUGGGACCCAAAGCGAAAAGCCCUGGACUUGCCGAGGGCGUUCUGCUUAGGACUGAGAACCGAAAUGCUCCCUGAAUUAGGAGCAUUGAGAACGCCGAGUGCAGACACAAAUCGAAAAGCAGCCACCCGCGCCGCCAAGGCGGGGCCAGAACUGGCAGCAGGAGGCUGGCCCGGCUGGGGCUGGGGCAGAAGUUGGGGCGGCUGAGAGCGCAGCGUGGGCUCCGGGGAGACGCCGGCCCACUGCCCGCCCGCUCGCCGCAGGUAGGCCCGGCCCUCGGGAGGUGGGGCGCGGCCAGGUGUCCCCAGGUAGCCGCCUCCUCCCUUCCUCCGUCGGCCGCCUCCCCGCACCAAGGCAGGACCUCGCGCCGCGCUUGUUCCCCGGGCGCCCCUCUGCGGACCCCAGGCGCCUCCCGGGUUUGAGCGCUGAGGCCACCCAGACCCUGCAGAGAGCAAGGCCCGGAGCGUCGCCGAGAUUUGAGGGCGCUGGAGACCGAGGGCCUGGCGGCCGAAGGAACCGCCCCAAGACGAGCCUCUGGCCCGGGGGCUGCUGGAACAUGUGCAGGGGGACACAGUUUGUUUGACAGUUGCCAGACUAUGUUUACAUUUCUGGUUCUACUCAGCCAACUGCCCACAGCUACCCUGGGGUUUCCUCAUUGCACAAGAGGUCCAAAGGCUUCUAAGCAUGCGGGAGAAGAAGUGUUUACAUCAAAAGAAGAAGCAAACUUUUUCAUACGUAGACGCCUCCUGUAUAAUAGAUUUGAUCUGGAGCUCUUCACUCCCGGCGACGUAGAACGAGAGUGCAAUGAAGAACUUUGCAAUUAUGAGGAAGCCAGAGAGAUUUUUGUGGAUGAAGAUAAAACGAUCGCAUUUUGGCAGAAAUAUUCAGCUAAAGGACCAACCACAAAAUCAGAUGGCAACAGAGAGAAAAUUGACGUUAUGGGCCUUCUGACUGGAUUGAUUGCUGCUGGAGUAUUUUUGGUUAUUUUUGGAUUACUUGGCUACUAUCUUUGUAUCACUAAGUGUAAUAGGCUACAACAUCCACACUCUUCAGCCGUCUAUGAAAGGGGGAGGCACACUCCCUCCAUCAUUUUCAGAAGACAUGAGGAGGCUGCCUUGUCUCCAUUGCCGCCUUCUGUGGAGGACGCAGGAUUACCUUCUUAUGAACAGGCAGUGGCACUGACCCGAAAACACAGUGUUUCACCACCACCUCCAUAUCCUGGGUACACAAAAGGAUUUAGGGUAUUUAAAAAAUCUAUGUCUCUCCCAUCUCACUGACUACCUUGCCAUCUUGGUAUAAGAAAUUUGUGUUAUUUGAUAGGCCGGGCACAGUAGCUCAUGCCUGUAAUCCCAGUACUUUGGGAGGCCAGGAGUUCAAGACCAGCCUGCUCAACAUGGUGAAAACCGUUCUCUACUAACAAUUCAAAAAUUAGCUAAGCAUGGUGGGGCAUGCCUGUAGUCCCAGCUACUUGGGAAGCUGAGGCAGGAGAAUUGCUCGAACCUGGGAGGCGGAGGUUGCAGUGAGCUGAGAUCACGCCACUGCACUCCAACCUGGGAGACAGAGCAAGACUCCAUCUCAAAAAU